CGUGUCUCCAUUGCUCGGCGAGUAAUUAUGGUUAAACUAGUGGGGUUCCCUUAAUUGUGUCCGAAUUAGAUGAUUCAUAAAGUCUAUUUCAAGACAUAUAUAACUAUUUUUAGCCUGAAAAAUGAAAGAUCCAAAAGUGUUGAAUCUAUCAACAGAAUCCGUUAAGCUCUCUCUCUCGCUGUCUUUUCUUUUUGUAAAAUUUUCUGUCUUCUCACGACGUCCUUUUUGCUUAAACUUUUUUUCUGUUACAAGAUUUCAUUUGCUUAAGCUUCCUUUAGAAUCUAUUUGUUGAUCUUGAUUCUUCUUCUCCAUUAGUUUUUGGCUUAAAGAUCAUCAAGGUUUCAAUAAAGAAUGGAUCGUGGAGAAUUGAGUAGAGUGUUCCAAAUGUUCGAUAAGAAUGGAGACGGGAAGAUUGCGAAAAACGAGCUGAAAGACUUCUUUAGAAGCGUGGGAAUCAUGGUCCCUGAAAAUGAAAUCAAUGAGAUGAUAGAAAAGAUGGAUGUGAAUGGAGACGGGGUCAUGGAUAUCGAUGAGUUUGGAUCAUUGUAUCAAGAAAUGGUGGAAGAGAAAGAGGAAGAAGAGGAUAUGAGAGAAGCCUUUAGAGUAUUUGAUCAGAAUGGUGAUGGUUUCAUUACAGAUGAAGAGCUGAGGUCGGUGCUUGCGUCAAUGGGGUUGAAGCAAGGAAGAACACUUGAAGAUUGCAAGAAGAUGAUAAGUAAGGUUGAUGUUGAUGGAGAUGGUAUGGUUAAUUUUAAGGAGUUCAAGCAAAUGAUGAGAGGUGGUGGAUUUGCUGCUCUUAGCUCCAAUUAAACAUUCCUAAAUUCUUACAAUAAAUUUUGUAUAGAUAACCAUCGAAGCUAAGACGUUUUUAAUCAGGAAUGUUUUCUUUUGAAGUAUGUAAGAUCUUUGUUUAUUUUCUUCUAGCGCGAUUUAAAUAAUACCGAACCAAAAUUUAGAUU